AUGCCAUCAAUAUUCCAAUGUUUUGACCGGGUAUCCCAGUGGGUCGAACAACAAACACACGACUUCUUCUAUUGGCUUGGACUGAAAAUCGCCGACUAUCCCAAAUGGACACUUUUUAUUACAAAACCGAAGAAUACUCCAAAAUGCACAUUUUUCAGAACGAUAUGGGCAGUGGUGAUGUGUGCUGGAGUGGUACGGUUUAAGGAGGUCAAUAAUGUCAGAGAUCAUUUCAGUGCUUCAAAUUCUCCAUCACGGUACGAAUAUCGGGUUGCCAGAGAAUUUUUCCAAGAACUCGGAAGUCCAUUCCACGUGGUUGUUGCUAUGCAAGCAGUCGACGGUGGAAGUCUGUUAAGACCAAAAUACAUUGACAAAGCGCUGGAAAUUGAGGACUUCCUACAAUACAAACUAAAAGGAACCUAUGGAAAUCAAUCAUACGCAUACUCAGAUUUUUGUGGAACUCAAUGUGAGACUUCUGACGCUGUCAACAUCUUCUUGACAAUGUUCCGUGAUCAACAAAAGAAGAAGACGGCUCAUGUGAAAUUGACGUACCCAAGUAUGGAUGUGUUUGGUCACAGGAUCUAUUUGGCUAACAAUAUCUUCCAAGUGCAAAUCAAUAAUAGAUCGAGCAUUAUCGAGGAGUCGAAACUUGUGGCUAUCAAUUUCCAUGCUAUUUAUAAUAAUGAGACAAUGUAUGAAAUAAUGAAGCAAUGGGAGAAGAAACUCUUCGAUUACUCCCUCUCAACUGAAAACGAUCCACUGAUCCGUGUCUACGUCACUAGUGAGGGACUCGUUUCUGAGGAAGUUCGUCGCACUGGAAUCCUUGCAAUGCCACUCAUGGGAAUCACGUUCUUCAUUAUUUUGGCCUUUACAAUGAUAACAACUCUGAAGAAAGAUCCUGUCAGAUCGAAACCGUUUGAGUCGUUCCUUGGAGUUAUUUGUCCGUUGCUCUCGUUGUGCGCUUCGUUUGGACACCUGUUCUGGAUGGGUUUCGAAUACCUCCCUAUUGUUACUGUCGUUCCAUUCUUGAUUCUCUCGAUUGGAGUAGAUGAUGUGUUCAUUUUCAUUCAUGCUUGGCACAGAACACCACACAAACACUCGGUACGUGAUCGUAUGGCUGAAACUCUGGCCGAUGCCGGACCAUCAAUUUCGAUCACCUCACUCACGAAUCUUCUCUCCUUCGGAAUUGGAAUUUUCACGCCAACACCAGCAAUCUACACCUUCUGUGUGUUCAUCUCCACCGCUGUUAUCUACGAUUACAUUUACCAAAUCUUCUUCUUCUCAGCAGUUUUGGUUCUUGGAGGUGAUCGUGAAGAAAGAAGAAUGAAUGCCUACUUCUGGUGGAAAUACGAACCACUCAAAGAGGAGCCAAAGAACAAGAAAAAGAAGGACGGAGCCAUUGGAGAGGCUAUCAAUAAGCUUCUCGCCAAGAUUUUGGAUGUUUGGGUUGAUUUUAUUAUGGCCGCAUGGAGCAAGUUCCUGAUUGGAGCAUUAAUGUUGACCUACUGGUUCUUCAUGGCGCGUGGAGUAAUGCAAAUCGCGGUUGGUUUAAGUUCUGAGAAGCUUUUCUUGGAUGAUUCUCCGCUUCUUCCACUCGUACGACUUCAAACGAAUGUGAUAUUCAAAGAAGGUGGUCAAGUGGCAGUGUUUGUCAAUAAUCCAGGAAAUAUGAGUGAGCCAGAUGCCGUUCCAGAGAUUAUGAGAAUUCUGAGAAGAUUUGAAACUGCGAAUAACAGUGUUGGAGCAGCGAGUACGCAUAUGUGGCUGCUACCGUAUCUUCCGUAUGUUGGAGAACAAGAGCAUGGAUCCAUUGAGUUCAAAUAUCGCUAUCUGCCAGAAUUCUUCAAAUUGAUGGAGUACAGAAGAUGGUCUCAUUUCGUGAAUCUUGGUAAUCAUCAAGACUGCCUUUCGGAAAAGCCAUCGUGCCUUCAAAAGUUUGUUUUUUCUACCGGAUUCCACGACGCCGUCUCUUGGUCCGACCGUCUUGCACUUCUUGAAAACUGGCGUCAGAUGGCUUCAGAAUAUCAGCACCUGAAUCUCACGAUUUACGAAGACUUCAGCAUGUACUCCGAUCAACUUUUGACAAUUGUCCCUGUUACCGAGUCUACAGUAAUCUGUGCAUUGGUCUGCAUGAUAAUGAUUUUGACGUUGUUCACACCAUCCCCAGUCACCAUUGUAACCUCAUCAGCUGCAGUUUUGUCUAUUAAUUUGGGAGUUUUCGGAUGCUUGGUUUACAUGAAUAUCGAUUUAGAUCCUAUUUCGAUGACCACUCUCCUCAUGGCUAUUGGGUUUUCUGUCGAUUUCGUUGCCCACAUUACAUGGCAUUAUUACAAAGGAGAGUUUCAAUCGAAGAGAGCCAGAAUCCGUCAUGCUCUUGCCGGAAUCGCCUGGCCAAUGUUCCAAGCUGGAACGUCUACAAUGUUGGCUAUUUCUGUACUAGCUCUGGUGCACGCUUACAUGGUUCAAGUUUUCGUUAAAGUUGUAGUCCUUGUAAUCUUUCUUGGAAUGUUCCACGGUCUAGUCGUCCUCCCAGUUGUUUUCGCUGCUCUUCCAUUCACCAAAACAUCAGGACCUCAGAAGAAGAAAGUAGCACCACUCCAAAUGCACGAAGCUGGUCCGAUUCCACAGAAAGACGAGCCACCUAAAGAAUUAGAAGAUGUUGAGGAGAAAACAAAAGAAGAACCAGUCGAGAAGACGACGAGAAAUGCUGAAAGAGCUUAA